AUGGUCCGCUACUCUCUAGACCCUGAGAACCCCACCAAAUCAUGCAAGUCCAGGGGCUCCAAUCUGCGGGUUCACUUCAAGAACACCCGUGAGACAGCCCAGGCGAUCAAAGGGAUGCACAUCCGUAAAGCCAACAAGUACCUGCGUGACGUUGUGGUGAAGCACCAGUGUGUUCCCUUCAGGCGCUACAACGGGGGCGUGGGCCGCUGCGCUCAGGCCAAGCAGUUCGGCUGGACCCAGGGCCGCUGGCCCAAGAAGAGCGCUGAGUUCCUGCUGCACAUGCUGAAGAACGCCGAGAGCAACGCGGAGCUCAAGGGUCUGGACGUGGACUCCCUGGUGAUCGAGCACAUCCAGGUGAACAAAGCCCCUAAGAUGCGCAGGAGGACGUACCGUGCUCACGGCAGAAUCAACCCGUACAUGAGCUCUCCGUGCCACAUCGAGAUGAUCCUGACGGAGAAGGAGACCAUCGUCCCCAAGCCCGACGAGGAGGUGGCGCAGAAGAAGAAGGUCUCGCAGAAGAAGCUGAAGAAGCAGAAGCUCAUGGCCCGAGAGUAAAAUAAUAAACUCACUUUAUCACCACG